AUGUUUCUUAUGAAUGCCUCUCCUUUGAUUGCUCUGCAGACAAAAUGGGAGUCCUUUGGACAAUCAAGGAGCUGUAGAUACCCUGUUUGCUUCUCUGAAUCUGAAGAGGAUGUUACUAGAGCAUCUGUAAGUGCAAAAGUUCAGAUGAUCAUAAACAACCUGCAAAGUCAAGAGUCUUCCCUGGGUAUGAACAAUGAUUAUGACUGUAUUACACAGAAAAAACGAAAGGGAGAAAAAAGGAGUAACAGACUUACAUCUACACAACAGCACACUAAAUAUUCCAAGCGAGGUUGCCCUGCUGAUUCUGAUGGCACAGAAGUGGAAGACAGUUCAGAGUUUGGGACCCUCCUGUUGGAGUCUGAUAGUGACGAUUCUGUUGAUCGAGACAUAGAGGAAGCCAUUCAAGAGUACUUGAAAAAGAAAAGCAAGAGUAUCCAGCCGUUGCCAAGCAAUGCAGAGUGUUCAGAUAGAACAGAUGGAGACAAGAGGGUCAAAAGGGAACUCUCACAGAACAAGGUGACUAGAAAUCUACUCCCUAUGAAAUUUAAAGCUGAAAUGGUGACUGAAGGCUUCAUUUCUGACCACGUGGGAAUUUGUGAAAAGCUACGGUCUGCUUCACCUCUGAGCAUCAGUAGUGAUGACUCUUUUGAACAGAGCAUACAUGCUGAAAUUGUACAGUUCUUGAAUGAAAAGAAACAGCAAGAAACUAAUAAGUGUGUAAUUGUGGAGGAUAAAAACCUAGAACAGAGAGAAACUCAAGUGAAAUCUAUGUUUAAAUGUAACAAAGAAUCAGCUAACAAAGCAAAUCGCAGUACUUUAAAGCAAGGAUGCAAAGCACUCCUCUUAAGGCACCAGCCCAAACUAAGGAAGACCAAUGUACAAUCUAAAUGUUUGAAGUCUAAAAUCAGUGAAGAGCCUAGUGACUUCAGUAGAGGAAACCAGGCACAUUUUAAAAUGACUGCUACUAGCCAACCCUGGGUUGUCGAGCAAAAUAAAGAAGGUGAAGGCAAGAGAAAUUUCUGCAAAACCGAAGGGGAACAAAUAAUUGAAAGCACACACUUAUCUGAUUCAAGUAGCGAUGAUGGUAUCGAAGAAGCCAUUCAGCUUUAUCAGCUGGAGAAAAUCAAGAAAGAGGCAAACCCUACAACAGACUUGCAAAAAGGUGUGGCAGACAUUUCGGCAAGCCUAACAAUUAGCUCAACAAAAUGUGCAUCGGCAGAAGACCAUAAAAAACCCUUAAGCAGCAAAAGGAGAGAGAUGAGUACAAAAUCUACACAAUUUAAAGGCACUGGCAAUGAAUUUAACAAACUGUUUAAGCCGUUGAAAAAAGCCAGAAGUUGUGCAUCUCCAGUAAACAAAAUUGCCAAAUGCGAGCUCACGUUGCAGGCUUCUUGCAGGGCAGACGCAUCUGCAGAACUGAUGUGUGCGGAAGCCAUCCUUGACAUUUCCAAAACAAUCGUGCCACCCCAAAUGGGAAGUGAGGACAAAUCAUUUGCAGCAAACCCUUUCUUCUAUCCCCAAAGCAUGCCUUCCUCCCACUGUGAAAGUGACAGCAGCCCUGUGGAUAGCGAUGAUAGCAUAGAGCAAGAAAUCAGGGCUUUUUUGGCUCUCAAGGCACAGUCAGAAAGGCUUGUAACAAAACCUGAUAAUUUGUCCCACUCUGUGCAGAGGCCUUUGUCUUCUGAGCGUAACAGUGUAAUUGGUGGCGUUGAGCCUUCCCUCCCCAAAACACUGAAUUUAUCGUUGAGUCGUAAAAGGAGACUUAAAGGAGAAAGCAAAGUAGCAAAACAGAGCAUAGACAAUAAAACAGAAGGGAUGGAGAUGGGAUGUACCCAUGCAGGUUAUGGUAAUAGCGCCAAAAUGCCAGUUUUGCAAGAUGGGAGUGGCCUGAGCUGUCAUAGAAAAGCUUGUGAAGCUGGAAGGUCUGGUAACAAAGAAACAAGUCAGCAGCAGAUCUCUACAGAAUUUACUGGGCUUGUUGACAAGCACGUAGCUUUAGACUUCGCAAACAGCUUGAUGCAGGUUCAGAGUAACACAAGAGAACUGAUAAAAAAUACAGUCCAGGCUCAAGAGAGAGAUGGUACAGAUGACAAGAGCAGUUCUCUGGACAGCGAUGAAGAUCUUGAUAGCGCUAUCAAAGACCUCUUAAGGUCCAAGAGGAAACUAAAGAAAAAGUCCAAAGACCAAAAAAUCCAAUGCAAGAAGAAAGUCAGAUUUGGUGACACAGAAACCCAGCUUUUGGAUGAACUCAGUAGCCUCCAGCAAAAGGACUGGAAAUGCCAAAGUUCUAUUCUGCUAAAAAGCUGCCUCUCAAAAUCACGUAAAGAUACUAAGGAAAAUACAGUUAGAAGCCCCCAGAACAAUGUAAAUGGCAGGCUCUCAAAGGGAAGAACAGAAAGCAUAAAGGACUUACCGUUUGCGUUGCAGUUUAAAAAAGAAUGUAAACCUAAACCAGUUUGCAACGAGAAUAACCUGGAGGCAGCUAAAAAUAAAAGAUGUUCUUUGACUGCUACUUCAGCAACAGAUGACAGCAGCUCUGUGGAUAGCGACGACAGCAUCGAACAAGAAAUUAGGAAAUUUUUGGCAGAAAAGGCUAAAGACUCUGCAAGCAGUAUGGAAAUACGGAGGGAUAACUUAACUGCUGACUCAUUGAGAGUUACCAAACCAUGUGCAAAUAAAGGAAAAGCAAAGCAUCAGCUAAUUGAAAAUGAGACUAACAUGUUAUCAGGUCAGAGUAAAAAAACUAAAAAGGUAUCUCAUCAAACAGAUGAAUUGAAAAGCUCUCGGAGAACUGUAGGAGAAAGUGCAAUAAUGCAUGAUGGUGGGAAAAGUGCAUCCUACGCAGAGAACGUGUACCUCCAUACUACUCUAGAGUUGAAGGCUGAGCAAGGGACAGUAUGGACUAAAGGUUUAGCUGCUGGUGCUUUGUCUGUAAAAGGAAAUUCAUUAAGUAAAAAGAGUACUAUAGAGCCUAAGCAGAAAAGCCUUUCAUCUACACACAGCAAAGGUGAUGGGUGUAAAUUGCAAAAAUACUUUAAUGCUAAGUCUAAUUCCAAAAGAAAUAGCACCUUUCAGUUAAAAAUUUCAAGCAAAUUUAUAGCUGGUCUAAAGUAUGCUCGCGAUAGAAAGAAAUCUGUGCUUUUAAACAAAAGGCAAAAUGUAGAACAUUCACUUCCCCAUAGCAGCACAUUAAGGACUGAGGUAGCUCUCCCGAAUGUUUGUGCACUUGAACAAAAAAGUGGAGCCUUGGUGCAAAAUGGGGACCUUGGUGGAGAGGGAAAGACAGGAAUAAAAGAAGCAAAUUUUACUCAGAGCCUCAUAAUAGAGGAGACAAGUCUCCGUAUAGCAGAAACCUGUGAAAAACUGGAGGCUGCUCCUUUGCAUGUUAAAACUGAAGCAGAUGAUUACAGAAAGGAUAACACUUUGGGAGACAAACAGAUGUAUUGCAGCUCAGAUUCAAAUCCAGAUCCCCAAUUGCAGGAACCCAUCAUGGCAGCAGUAAAUGGUGACAGAGUUAGCGUAGGAACAUUUAUUUUUGAGAGCCAAAACACGUACACUAAGGAAGAGGAAGGAGAGCGCCAGCAAGACAGCAGCAGGCAGGAAGAAAUUAAUGUACCCAACUCUAGUUUGGAAGGGAAAAUGUUAGCCCAGCAAAGUAGGGAAGCUGAUUGUAAAGAGGACCAUGUUCAGGAAACUUUAGACAGAAGUUCAGCAGAAUUUAGUGACCUAGCUGUAGAGGAAUGCACAAGUUCCCUGGUGAAAAGCGAGGUGUCAGAUUUUUCUUUAAGAACCUCUAUUGAUCCUGGAUUGACAAUACAACCUUAUAUAACUUUAUCUCCAACACAGCUAUGUAAAAAUCUUACUUUAAAAAUCCAGAAUGGAAGGAGAGAAUUCCAGGCAAAGAAUUGGAAACAAUGGAGGAAAUGA